AUGGUUUUGCCUGAACAACAAACUACGCCUCGGUCAUCACAAGAAGAAAGCCAUGAUAAAGAACUGGAAAAAGAGUUGAAUAACUUAUUUUGUGAAAAAGAAUCACCCAUUACUCAUAAUGUCGACUGGAUUGACACUGAUACCGAUGAAGACGAAGAUUAUCUCCCACAGAAUUUACAUCAUCAGCUACCUUCUCCACCACGAAAACUGGCAGCCCUAGAUUACCGAACACCCUCUCCACCUCCGAGUGGAAACAAGAGAAACAGAGUUGAAAGUAUGUCUUGGUCACCAUCGUCAGCUCCUGGACCAAUGAAGAAGGCUAUGCACCAAUUUCCCACCGCCUUUUCACCAAGCACUCAACACAGUCGCCGCACUGUGCGAACCGUACAGCAAGCCAUCAACGAUGCCAUCGAUAAUGGUGCUGAUAUGGUGGAUUUAAGCAAUAUGGAUUUGACAGACAUACCCGAUGAGAUACGCGAAUUGCAGCAUAUUACCAUCUUAUCCAAAGACUUGAUCAAUAAUUCCUCACUAAAAGUAUUUCUUUAUGGAAAUCGUCUUACCAAGUUGUCCAUGGAAUUGUUUUCCCUUAAAAAUCUCUCCGUCCUCAGUCUCCGUAAUAACAAACUUGAAACGAUACCACCAGAGAUUGUACUUUUACAGAAUCUUUGUGAGCUUUCCCUCGGCAAUAAUCUACUGCGUUAUCUACCCGGAGAGAUCCUUCGAUUACGAAAGCUCAAUAUCAUAUCCGUUCUUCCAAACCCCUUUCAAACUAUACCUCAAGACAAUACCAGUACCCCUGCAAGACAGAUUAUCCGAUCAGUGCCUACCCCAUCGCUCUUUGAAAUAUGCAGCAGAGCUGUCAUGGCAUCGACGAACCGCUAUGAUAAUCAAAACAUGCCUUUUCGAAUCACCGAACAUCUGGACGCAUCAAAAAACGUUAAGAGAUGUCAAAAUUGUAAAUGCUACAUCAUCCAACCUGAUAUUGAAGUCAUGGUCUGGUGUAGUCUUCUCAUAUGCUCCAACGUACCGGCUAUAGUCGGUUUUUGCUCAAUGCAUUGCCUGGAAGCAUGCGACUGGAACAAAGUUGGCCUGUUUGCGGGAGAUAUCAAUUGCUGAUUGCAAAACAGAUCUAAUGCUUUUUGGCAACAAGUCUAUCUCUUCUUCAUCAUCAUGGUCUUAGGCUUUCACAAUGUACAGGAUGAAUAACUACCACUCUACCAUGUCCACUUCCUUCGUCUUCUCUUCCAUUGCCCGACUUUAAGGCACUUCAGUGUACAAUUUUUCCUCCCUCCCCUGACCUUACUAUGGGUUCAUUUACAUAAAUCGAGUGGCUCAAGAAAAG